CCUCUUGAUCGCAUCAUCGUCAGCAACACCUUGUACUCUGCGCAACGCAACAAGAGACGCUUUAAUACUCUAAUCUUGUCCCCCUUCAAUUCCUCGCCACGCUACUUUUGCGAGUCAGUCCCUGCUGGGGAGACCGCCCAGGCUCUCGUCCGCCGCGCGCUUCCUUCCUCACUCUUCCAACCGCUUCCCUUUUGGUAGUGGCAGCCGAGCGCUCGCCCCGUCCAUCCUCGGCGCUGCCCUCAUACGCGGCCGUUUGUCUUGGCAGACGAUUUGGAAACAGUCACCCACCACCUGCCCGCGCCACAGGGAAACGGAGGCCUCUACUGCACGAAACAGGAGGGCGCUUCUGGGCUCCGCUAUGCUCUAAAAGACAGCCGCCAAACGCAACUCUUAGGGCCCCGUAUUCCCUGCCAUCACACGAUGCUAUUUCUGCUCCAAGAAAUCCUCGACAUCGCCCUGCAGCGUCCGACCAUCAUCCCCCGUUAGAACCCGGCACCCCCUCAGGUCUCUCUACCUGUGUGCUCAAUAACCUUUCCGCCUCAGCGCCUAUCUGGGCAUCCGUACUGCAGCACUCACUGCAUCUUACAGACGAAGCACGGGCAGCACAACCGAGCAACCCCCCCACCUCAGCACCAGUUAAUCACCCAAAGCUGCCGCUCGAUCGCAGACUCGCACCAACUGCCUACCUAGCACGCGACCAUAUCUCGCCCUGUUUGCGGCUUUAGACAUCGCCCCAAAGCUUGGCUCUGGCUGGAGCGCGUCGCUCGUCCCGCGUCGCGGCCUUGGUUGGCCUUGGAACUCGGCUCGCUGCCGUCUCGGUAAAAACGCCAGGUUCCCAGCGAAGGCGCUCCCAAUCGGCAAAAUGGCCCAACCUAUGAGCAUGGAGGCGAUGCUCGAUGAGGAGCGCCGCGAGGUUUUGGCGCUCCUCGAGGGAUCCUCGGCGGCUGCCAGACACAGAGGCCCCGCCUCGGUCAGCGGCCGUUCACCGUCACCUUACUCGACGGGCCCUCGAUCCCCGGUGCGCAGCAUGCUGCAUUACGACGAGCCUUCGCCCUCGGGAUCUAGCCACGCCGCUGGCGUGCGCAACAGCCCUCGCCCAAGUCCCCGCCCUCGACCCGCCCAGAUCGUCCCGGUGAGGAGCAUGCUCGACUUCGACGCCCCUCCGGUCGCGCCCAGGCCGGUCCGGAGCAUGCUCGACCCCGACAGCCCUCCCCUCACGGCCAAGCCGUCCGCUAGUGCGCAGACGUCGCCACUCUCGAGCCCUCGGGCGCACUCCAUCAGCGUCCCCAGCCUUCAGCACCCGCGCAGCUUCUCGGAUGCGGCGUCCAAGCCGGCAGAGUUCGGGCCUCGGUCAUCGGCACUGGGGUCUGCCGACCCCACGGCGGGCUACCAGUUCUCGGGUAUCAUCACGAACCACGCUGGCCAAGCCCUCCCGAAGCGGGUCACGCAGGGUGGCAAGCGGAGCGUCAUGUCCGAGGUGAUGCGUGGCGGGGACGUGGGGAAUCUCUCGAUCCCGGGCGACCGGGGCCGGCCCUACCCGACCAUUGGUCCGUCUGCGCACCCACCAAAGCCGUCCAAGUCGUCAAAGUCCAAGUCGCCGCAUAGCCGCCUGGGCAUGCGCUCGCAGUCCCCCGGCAUCCUGCUCUCGGGUAGGCACCUGAGCCCAGCCGGGAGGUCGCUGGUCGACGAUACGCAAAAUCUAGACAUGCACAACGCCUAUCGCAGGCUGUCGGACGCCAACCUGGCGAGAUCUGGGGGCAGUCUUGCAGUCCUCUCGCAGAGGAAACGCUCAGACGACGCUACUGGCUCGGGUCGGCUUGCAAAGGAUUAUGUUAGCCCCGAUGGCGAAAUUCUGCCCGAGGAAAGCAGCGAUGAGGACCAGGGAAACACGUCAGACGAAGAGGGUGGCCGUGGACGCAAAGCUAGGAGGAACUUUGACGGCAGCGACAACAGUAGCAUCAAGAGCCCCGGACUCGAGCCUCCAAAACAGAAGGCUUCGCAGAGUUUGCUUGCCGCGGCUGAGGAAGAGCGUAUUCAAGUGGCGGCAUCUCGCCCUGCGCAUCAGUAUAGGUCUCUGUUGGAUGAGCCUGAGAUCACGGUGACGAACCCGGCGGGCGGGCGGGGGAAGCAGAUCAAACCGGGCAUCCACCCCGUCACCAGCUUUGACUUCAACUCGUCCGGCUCCGGCACCCGCACGCCCAUGGAUUCGGACACUGAGGCCGACUUCAGCGACAUUAAGCGGGCACAGAAGCUUAGCCUUACCAUGACGCCGGUGAUAGACUCACCAGAGUCCCAUCGGGCCAUCCGGAUCAUCUACCGGGGCGACUAUGCCAAGGUGGCGCAGGAUGCCGAAAACGAACACCGUCGGCUGAAGAAGUAUCUCGUGGCAAGCGAUCUCAGCGAGGAGUCGACACAUGCCAUGGAAUGGACUAUCGGGACUGUCCUGCGCGACGGCGACACAUUGCUGGCACUCUACUGCGUGGACGAGGAGAUAGGCAUUGGUGGGGGAGACAACAGCCAGGUGCCAGACGAUCCUAAGGCGAUGAAGGAGCAGGCGUCGGCCAUUCACGCCGUCGCCAACUUCAAGCCUUCUAUGGUUUUGGGCGGCGUUGGAGGGGGUUCGUCACUACUGCCGCUCCGGGGCUCGCCAUUGGUGAGAUCGUUCGAUAUCGGUGGGAGCGGGAGCGGCACGGGCGAGGCGUCAGGGUCGCCAGCCCCUUCUACAAAAGACAAGAGCAAGGCAGAGGAGGAGCGUGAACGGGCCAUCGUCGAUAUCACUGAAAGGGUCACGAGGCUACUCCGCAAGACUAGGCUGCAGGUCCGAGUGAUUGUUGAGGUGCUGCAUUGCAAAAACCCCAAACACCUGAUCACCGAGGUCAUCGACCUCGUCAGCCCCACGCUGGUCAUCCUCGGCAGCCGCGGGCGGAGUGCCCUGAAAGGUGUCAUUCUAGGCUCCUUUUCCAACUAUCUCGUUACUAAGAGUUCAGUUCCUGUCAUGGUUGCGAGGAAGCGACUCCGCAAGCAGAGCAAGUACAAGCGCACAGUGGUCCCACAAGUCAAUAAUAUCGCCAAUCCGACAGCACGCAGCCUCGCGAGCGCAAAGAUCGACUAGGGGACUCUAAGUAUCGCCGGAAGGAGUGGGCCUUCUAUAGCCCACGAAUACUUGAAGCAGAGGCGGGCCGGUAACAGGUCAUACUGAUCACGCCUCUUGGCUUGCUGACUGCCUGGGAGCGGGACAGGCGGCUCUUGGAUGCCUACCCCUCCAGCCUCCAGUCAGGCGAUCUGAUACCGUCGAUGAUGGGGAUGGUGUGCAUUUUAUAUGAGCAUCGGGCGGACUUGAUACGAGACAAAGAGCGAGAUUCGGGACUGCGCACGCAAUCGUAAACGCAGCCCAGGUAGUUGGGAGCGAGAGAGCUUGACAUCGAUAUCCUGUCGAAGCGAACUAGGGAAGUUAUUCAAAGAAGCAUUCAUUGACAGUCCCGCCGUUGGAGUCGAGGUGGCGCUGUGAGCACUGGAACACACUUUGAACCGGUUCACUCUCGAUCACCAAAUGGCUGUUUGUUUUAUUUUACUUUGUGGCCAGCAGGAAGUACGACUUAUGCAGUAUGAUUAACGGCAACAUUACCGGUUGCCGUAGCGGGCACCCGACAGAUAUAGAAGAGUGAUUGAAUGAUACAACUCCCAUCCCA